ACAUUUUCUCUUAGGAUUGAGAACAUCUGUUGAACAUAUAAUAUUUUACAAAUGGGAUUUUAUCCAUGUCGCAAAUGCUAGUACUUCUAUUUUAUUCUGUUUGCUAAUCCCCUGUGAAUAUUUAAUUCAGUUAUAAGUGCAUAUACAUUAUAAAUAAAAAUCGUUGCGUAUUAUUAUUGACGUGUAUCUAAUGGAAUCAAGUACACCAAUGGAUGAUGUAAGUGCCAGAAGAGAAGCGAGGAGACGGAGAAUCUUGGAAAACUCGGAAAGUCGUUUACGCAAGAUUACAUCAAGAUGCGGUCCAGGUUCAGGUGAAACCAAAGAUCUAGUGGAUGAAACAAACAUCAAAAGAGCAACAAGAAGACAGACAGGUUUAGAAGACUUGGAGGAUUGUUUGCAUACGAAUGCUGUGAGACAAAAUCCAGAUGAAAACAAAGAAGAUAAUAAACCUCAAGCGAAAAAUGAUGGCGUUAAAUCAAGUUUGGAAGAAUAUACUAACAAAAAUGGUGUAUGUAAUAUUGAAAACAAUAGACAUUUGCACCAUUAUUCAAUAUUUAAUGAAAAUAAACGUGAAGAAUUGGAUGAAAGAUUUUCAAAUGAUAUCGACGAUAGAAAUACAUGGCCUUUGGACCAAGUAUUUGACGAGAAAACAUAUGACGAGAAAUCAUGUACAUAUUUAUCAUAUCCUAUAAAUCUCAUUAUACUAGCCGCGAUUGUCAAUAUUUUGCUAGUGCUAAAACUGGACGAUUGGUUUGGGAAGGCAGUUUUCAUACCUUAUUUAUUACUGAUGAUGGGACGCCUGUGCAAUUUCGAAAAACUGCAGGAAACAAAGUGUAGCACUUUAAUUAGUGUACUCAGUACUGUGAUAUUAUGGAAAGUCAAACCCAGCUUGACUUGUAAAUUAAAAGUUUUAUUCAUAUUGUUUAGCGUAAUAAUUAAUGAUUUUUGUUUGUAUACGUUCAGUUUUGUGCUAAUGCACUAUUUUAUUUCUACUUGUAUCAUUAUUACCAUUUCGUAACAUAUAAUUCGUAAUAAUUGAAAAAAUCGAUCGGAGCUAUACAUUGCUAUUUUUGCACAAUAUGCUCGUUGCCAUAUAUACCGUCGGUGAUAUAAGACACUUUGAAUAUUUUAAGUACCUUGAAACAGAUUAUUAUAAGAUUAACAGACAAAUUAUAAGAUUAACUGAUGUUCACGGCACCAUGCGAACAUGCGUCAAUGCUAAAAUUGAAAUAAGUUUCCAAAUAAAAACUAAAAUUCACGUAUUAUAUCUUCAGCAUUUUCUGUCGUGACUUUGCUGAGUGGAAAUUUAUUUGCAUAAAUAUCAUAUCGAAAAAGCAUUUAUAAAAUUCUCCCAGGAAUGUAUGUAAUAUAAAAUAAGUCUUAUAUAAAGAUCAAGAUUUCUUUUGUGAUGCA